AUGUCUACCGAAGGCAAGCCCAUCCAAUGCAAGGCCGCCGUCGCAUGGGAAGCCGGCAAGGACCUUGUGAUCGAAGACAUCGAGGUUGCUGCUCCCAAAGCACAUGAAGUCCGGAUACAAAUUUACUACACCGGUGUUUGUCACACGGAUGCCUACACGCUCAGUGGAAAGGACCCAGAGGGUGCUUUCCCCAUCGUGCUGGGACACGAAGGUGCUGGUAUUGUAGAGAGUGUUGGUGAGGGCGUCACCAAUGUCAAGAAGGGCGACACUGUGAUUGCGCUAUACACCCCAGAAUGCAAGGAGUGCAAGUUCUGCAAAUCCGGCAAGACGAACCUCUGCGGCAAGAUUCGCGCCACUCAGGGCAAGGGUGUUAUGCCAGAUGGAACCUCACGAUUCACAUGCAAGGGUAAAGAGCUGCUGCACUUCAUGGGUUGCUCGACUUUCUCGCAAUACACCGUCGUAGCAGACAUCUCAGUGGUCGCGGUGACCGACAAAGCGCCAAUGGACAGGACAUGUUUGCUGGGCUGUGGCAUUACCACUGGUUACGGAGCCGCUGUCAUCACCGCAGGAAAGAACGGUGUCGAGAAGGGAUCAAAUGUGGCCAUCUUCGGAGCAGGCUGUGUCGGUCUUUCCGUCAUUCAAGGAUGCGUCAAGAACGGUGCCGGCAAGAUCAUCGUUGUCGACGUCAAUGCCUCGAAGAAGGAGUGGGCGGAGAAAUUUGGUGCGACCGAUUUCGUCAACCCCAAGGAUCUCAAGGAGGACGAGACCAUUCAACAACGGUUAAUCGACAUGACCGAUGGUGGCUGCGACUACACGUUCGACUGUACCGGUAACGUACACGUCAUGCGAAGUGCGCUCGAAGCUUGCCACAAGGGAUGGGGCGAGAGCAUCAUUAUCGGUGUUGCCGCUGCUGGUCAGGAGAUUGCUACCAGACCGUUCCAACUCGUUACUGGUCGCGUCUGGAAGGGAUGUGCGUUUGGUGGUGUCAAGGGCCGCACUCAGAUGGGUGGUCUGAUCGACGACUAUAUGAACGGCAAGCUCAAGGUCGACGAGUUCAUCACUCACCGACAGAACCUGGGCAACAUCAACUCUGCCUUCCACGACAUGCACGCUGGCGACUGUAUCCGCUGCGUCGUCAACAUGCGGGAGCUAUAG